AUUUCACAGCAUGUGACGUUAUGUCAAAGAAUUAGUGGAACAAUUUUGGAAUUGGAAUUAAAAACUCACAAAUUUGAAUUUACAACUCCAAAUUUCUAUAAUUUGGAAAUUAAUGAAUCUCAUCCAGUUUUGUAUCAAUUGACAAGAUUUGAAUUGAUUUUUCACAAUCCUAUUGCAGGAGAUUUACUUUUGGAAUUGAAGAAAGGUGAAUUUGUAAUUAUUCCAUUAAUUUUGACACUUUCUAAUAGAAGAUUCUUCUUUGAUAUUCAAAUGAAAGUGGACGAAACUGGUGUAAUUGAUACAAACAUUGAAUCAAGAAUUCCUUUUGGUAAACCAAAUUCUGAUUGUGUAUUACAUUUCUCACAAAUGGCGACUAGAACCAAUGAUAAUCAAUUAUUCUAG